CUGCUAAGUCCUUACAUACCACCCCCCUCGCUUGCUUCCCAGCGUGCCAGGUGCUAAAGGACCCUGGACCCAGUCGAUUUCGCCUUAUUGGGCACGUUGGCUUCUGAAUUGUCACAUUCAAACUGACAGACGAAUUGUCGUCCCUUUGCUAUCGAUUGGCCGUUGUCGCAUUCUUUUCGAGAAUGAGCUCAUUGUAGGCGCGUUACUGAGCGCCAACAUUGUUGACCGCCAUGUCUCUCAUGCCCAGGCCCUUGGAUACUGGCGUCUCCCCAGAUAACACACUGCUGUCCCCUAUCGCAUACGACGACGAUGCGCUCUCGUUGCACAGCAGGAGCGACCAGGACACCGACAGCGAAGAUGACCAACUCGUCGCCCGCGCUCGCAGCAGCAAAGAGCUACGUGCCCGCGACCGCUUAGUUCUGAUGGAGGAAGAGGAAAUGGACGAACUGGUCACGGCCACCCGUGCGAAACAGGACCGCCAAAGAAGGGGGAGUAACCUGGCCAUCCCGAAUCCGCUCCAGCUUUUCAGGACCACGAGUCGCGAACGAUCGCAUAGCCCCAUGCUGAAAGGCAAAAAGUCAACUGAAGAUGCACACGACGAGAAGAGGCGCGUCCGUCGAAAUAGGAGGAAGCAGAAAAAGGACCGCCUGCUUGAGAAGGCGCAGCAUGGCGAAGAUGGCGAGCUCAUGUACGAAAUGGAAUCAGGUGCAAUAAAAGAUGGGAGCUCAACUGGCGACAGCAGCGACAGAGAGGACAGUGAAGAACACGACCGCCAGCAUCUGCUGAUGCACACUGACCGGAAAACCGAAAAGAAGAGACACUGGAAGAAGUGGCUCUUCAUUUACACAACCCUCGCAGUCGGCUUUGCUUUCCUGGCUUUAUUGGCAUGGAAGAUGUCCGUAGACAAGAGGAACUCCAUGCCGCCACUGGUCAGCAACGGCACUGCCCUUUUUGCCCCGACGACGCUCAUAAUCAGUUUGGACGGCUUUCGGGCAGACUUUGUAGAGCGCGGGUUGACGCCUAGAUUGAGUGCAUUCAUCAAAGAGGGUGUAAGCCCGCUAUACAUGAAUCCUUCAUUCCCCUCUGUCACCUUUCCAAACCAUUACACACUAGCAACCGGGCUUUAUCCUGAGAGCCAUGGUGUGGUUGGCAACACGUUCUGGGACCCGGAACUCGAGGCUGAGUUCUUCUACACGGACCCCUCUCGGAGUAUGGAUCCGAAAUGGUGGGGAGGAGAGCCCUUCUGGGUCACGGCCGAGGAACAGGGCCUGCGGACGGCCGUUCAUAUGUGGCCAGGUAGUGAAGCUCAUAUCAUGAGUGUUGAGCCUAGCAUCCUGGACGUGUACAAUGGGAAAGAGGAGCUAGCCAGCAAAGCUGCCAGGAUCCUGGCGUUCCUGGACAGACCAGGAAUGGAAGAUCUUAGCGCAGACGUCAAGGAUAUGAGACCGCAACUAAUCGCAGCUUAUGUCCCGAACGUCGAUGCUGAUGGCCACAGGUAUGGCCCCAACAGCACAGAAAUCCGAACGACUAUCAGCCAGGUCGACGGAAUGCUGGACACGGUCUUCCAUGGUUUAGAGGAGCGGAAUCUCACCGACAUCGUCAACGUUAUCAUAGUAUCCGACCACGGCAUGGCCACAACUGACGUCUCGCGCAUGUAUCAGAUGGAUGAUUUGAUCGACAUGACUAAAGUCGAUCAUGUUGAUGGCUGGCCACUAGUUGGUGUUCGGCCUAAGGACCCUUCGUACCUGCAAGGACUGUAUGAGCAAGCCGUGGAGAAAUCGAACAACAACACAAAUUUUGAGGUCUACCUCAGAGACAAGAACAUGCCUGAAAGAUAUCACUUCACAAAUAACGAUCGCAUUGCGCCUCUAUGGAUUAUCCCUAAGACCGGGUGGGCCAUUGUUGCAAAGGAUGAGUUUGACCUUGAAGAGGCGAGGACCAAAGGAUUGGUUUACCAUCCGCGAGGGCUCCACGGUUACGACCAUGAGCAUCCUUUGAUGAGGGCCAUCUUCAUUGCUCGUGGCCCCGCUUUCCCACACGAACCCAACAGCAGGGUCGAACCGUUUCAAAAUAUUGAGGUGUACAACAUUCUGUGUGAUUCGGUCGGCAUGACCGCAAAGCCGAACAAUGGAACUCUCCGUCUCCCGCUCAAGACUGUUGGCAUCCAUGACGCUGAGACAGUGCUUGACGAACCAGCAGAUCCAGAAGCAAGUACUACGGCCGAGGAAAUCGCUACCGGAGUUAUGUCGAUCUCGCCUGUAGAGACGAGCUCCGCUGCCGACGCCAACGAGCAACCCCCAACAGCUGUUGGUAUCGACCCUGUCGAACCACUAGAGGAGCCUGAAACGCCCGAAGAAACUGGAAGCCUCGGAGAGGAGGUCCUAGGGGACAGUGAAAACGCCGAGGAUGAUCCCAAAGAGUUUGCGUCCUGGCAAGACUACUGGGACUGGCUGACUGGCAAAGUUGAUGAUUUGUGGCAUAAAAUUACUGGCUCCGACGAUAACGACGACGACGACGACGAAGGCGCAAGCACAUCUGAAUGAGAUUCUGAGUUCUCAGUAACAUGCGUGUAUCUAUAUUGUGUUUUAUAAUUGGAGCAGCUGGCGUUCCUGGGGGGUACUUUGAGGCGACUCUAUUUUCGGCUUUUCGGACCUGAAUGAUGUCUACAGACCGUUGCAAAAUAUGACUCAUAAUUAAUCAUACCGUGUACUCCUAUACUCAAACCUAACUCUCAUUGAGCGCAUAUCGUGCGACGGUUUUGC